AUGGUCUCCACUAUUCCUCCGCCAAACUAUGGCACUGUAGAGGCUGGGAGGAUCUACCGCAGUGCCUACCCAAGCCAAGAAAACCUCCCUUUUCUCGCCGGCUUAGGCCUGAAAAGUAUCCUUAUUCUUGUCGAAGGUCCCCAUGAGGCGACCUAUUCUGCCUGGAUCAAAGACAAUGCCAAGAAGCUCUAUACCGUGCCUCUGCCUGCGAAUAAGGAUGGUGUUCAGAUGCAGAUCAAAACCAUUGCCAUGAUUAUCGACAUUCUCAGCGACGAAACGAACUAUCCAAUGCUCAUCCAUUGUAACAAGGGCAAGCACCGUACCGGAUGCACUGUUGGUGCCUGGCGCAAGCUCCACGGAUCAUCCAUGCACGAAAUUCUUGGGGAGUACCGCACCUAUGCGGGGAACAAGGCUCGUCCGAACGACGAGGUUUUCCUGACCAAACUAAAUGUCCCUUCCCUUCGUGACUAUAUGCGUCACGGCAGCUUGCACGAAGAGAUCGACUUGGGAGUCAUCGACCCUACAACUGGGCGCCAUUACUGGCCGUUCAGAGCCGACCACGAAAUGAAUGCUCGCGUCAAAAUCUCACGAAGCCUCGUUCCAGUCGCUUCAGAAAGCUCGGCCCCAGUCCCCUCCGUAACCGUGGUUCCAGUCUCUGCUGCAAGCCUCGUCCCGGUCAAGCGUACCAAUGGUGCUACCUCCCCGAAGAUGAAGGCUUGCAGAUUGGAGACCUAA